UAAAGCCCUCGUGACAUUUGACGGUGACAGGUGCGCGUGUGUGAUCUACCCGAUUGGGACACGCCUCCCGCAUGGACAAUGCACACGUGCAGUACACGACGAAAACAUUAUUCUUUAUGACAUGAAGUGAGACAUGGUAGUGGUGGUCGCCGUGUCCGUGGUGGCGCCACUGCUGCUACUGGUGGUGGUGCUCAUCAAGUGUCUGGGUUGCCUGAGGAAGAAAGAGGGUUUCAAGACUUUUGAAAAUGAGGAUGCCCGUAUGGAAGCGAGGAUCAACCCUGGCUUCGCCAUGGGUCAAGAUGUGGAUGACAGAGAUCAGACAAUGUCCACAACUAUUCAGAUCGAGCCCCUACCAGAGCUGCUGGCCGAGUCCACACCGAGGAAGCCAAAGAUAGCAUGUGUGGAGAAGACAAAGCAAGAGGCAGCCUUCAAGCUUGUGGUGAUAAAUAACCCUCAUCCUUUCCCAAGGCGACAGCUGACCUACUUGAAAGAAAUUGGAAAUGGAUGGUUCGGACAGGUACUGGAGUCUGAUGCUGAGCACAUCACAACGGGAAUUCCUCUGAGUCGUGUGGUGGCCAAAGUCUUGAGAGAUGAUGCAUCCAACUCAGAAAAGAAACUAUUCCUUGAGGAUGUGGUACCUUACAGAGAACUUGAACACUCCAACGUGCUGCGUCUGCUGGGCCAGUGUACUGAAAGCGCCCCCUAUCUCAUGAUCCUGGAGUAUGCUCAGAUGGGUGACCUCAAGACGUGUGUGAAGAACCUGAAGGAUCGUGCUGAUGUUAUGACACAGAACUAUCAGGUGGUUAAGUUUGCCAUUGAUGCUGCAAGUGGAUUGGCUUGUUUACAUCGCCAUGGUUACAUACACCAGGAUUUCGCAGCUCGAAACUGUGUCGUGAUGGCAGAUUACACGGUCAAAGUAGGGGAUUAUGGGAUAUCUGAAGAUGUGUUCAAGGCUGACUACUACGUCAGUGGUAAGGAGAGUCUCCCCAUCCGAUGGAUGGCUCCAGAGACCCUCAGUCAGCAGUCGGGCAGCUGGCAAACAGCCGUCAUAACCAGGGAGGCAAAUAUCUGGUCAUUCGGGGUGCUGCUGUGGGAGGUGGUGAUGUUUGGCAAGCAGCCAUAUGGGAACAUGCCCGAUGACCAGGUGCUGCAGACGGUCAUUGCAGACCGUAUGGUCAAACUGCCGGAACCGGAUGUCAGUAUACAGUUCAAGGACAGAAUAGUAGAGGUGAUGCUGUUCUGUUGGCUAAACCCAGGAGAGAGGCCCAGCAUAGAGGAUGCCCAUGGUCUGCUUCAGAGGUUGUAUGAAAUUGUGGCCGGUGAUCAAGCUCAGGCAGAGAACUUUGAAAAGAAAUGGAGUCACAUGAUACCCCACGAGGCACGUAUUGUGUCGGCCAGACCACAGCCCAAGCAGCAGAAACGACCCACAUCUGCCAGCUUUGACAACAACUUUGUUCAGGAGCCCAAGUCUGAACCUCAGCAAGCACUCACUGAACAAUCCACCAAACCAGGGGAUCUCGUUUCAGUGAAAAUUGAGGACAUGUCCACAUCAGUGGUGAAUGGUGGCCAUAUUGCUGUCAACAUGCAGCCGAGUUUGGCAGGCAACCUGGCCCAGUUACCCACCCCGUCUCGCCAUACACUGCCUGCUCACAUGACCAGCACUCCCAUCAUGGACCUUGCACCAACUCCAAACGAACCUGAUAUCAGUCAGAAACAACAAAAGUCAGGAUCGGGGUCGAGAACCAGUAGAAAAAUUGAAGAUGAAUUUAGUAUAGCACAAGUAGCUUCUACCAAAAGCAAUUCCGGUUCCAUGGCUUCACCAGUGCCAUCAGAGGAGAAGACGCCUGAUGUUUUGAUUGAUGUUCCUCAGGACGAUACAGAUGCAGAUCUUCAAGGGGCGUUAGGCAAAGAGGAAAAUGUACCUGUGUCGGAUCAGUUUGAUUUGUUGGGGGGAAAAACUGCAAUUUCCGCAACACAGCAAGCAUCCAGUGUUGAUGUUCUUGAAGCUUUUGGUGAACCUGUACAAGGUGUACAAAACAAGCCUAACACUCAGGAGGAGAAUAAACAGGAACAAGCAUUUGUUGAUAACAAAGAUCCAUUUGCAGAUUUGUUUGGGCAAGGUGAUAUUGCAGACCAGAUAAAGCCUGUGUCAUCUCAGCCCAAUUCUAGUUCUGAGCUGUUGCCUACUAACGGUAACCAAUCACUCCUCAGUGAAUCCUCACCUAAAUGUGAUGCAGAGUCCCCUGUCUCAGGAUUUGAUGAGCCGGACACCAAAGCUGAGCUUGUAGGUAAGCAGACGGCUUCAUCAGACACCAGACCUGACACUGAUGUAGAACCACAGAAUUUUCUUUCUAAUGAUAUAGAUUUAGUGUCGUCUCAUAACUUUCAGGCUGAGAGUAUAAUUCCAAAUACAUUCCAUCCCAGUGAGAGAUCAGCAGGUGAACCUGUUUCAAAAGGUGAGAAUGUGAAGCCGUCAGACCUUGCUCUGGACAAUGGCACAUCUGGAUAUGAAACACCUGCAGAUCAGUCUGCCAAAUCAGACUCUAUUGAGGAAAACACAAGUGGGGCUGAAUCUUCGUCAGACAGUGCUGUGUGUGUCAGUUCCCCAGAGUUGGCAGACGCGCCCAGUUCCUUUGAUGUAGCAGCGCCCUCCCAUGAGAAGGUAGGUACAUGUGUAGAAUAUGUGAGUGAUGAUGAGAGUAAAAGUAGUUCCUCUGAAUCCGAUAGUUCAUCAGACUCUUCAAACAGUGGAAGUUCGUAUGUAUGUGAGGAGAGCAGACGAAUCAUUCAGGUGACAGAUCUAGAUGCGGAUGACGAUGAUUCCGAUAAUUUGGAUGAACACCAGGAUAACAUAAGUGAUGAAGUGACAGAUUCAGAUGAGGAUCUUGACCUUAGACUUGCAAGUGAACUCUACCUCUCCAAAGGUGUCAGUUCUCCUAGAGUGUUUGAACGGCCACCAUUAGAAACCAUUCCAGAGGAUGUGAUGCCCUCACCUUCAGAUACAAGUUCCAUAGAUCUUAAAUUUGAUGCCCACUUUGACGAUGUGUUCGCCUCUCAAGAUAAUUUUGAGUGGGACGAUUUUAUGGGCGAGUCUAUUGUGGGCCGUGAUAGGACUAGUUACACUCCAAAGGCUAGUUUCGACAUGUCUGAUUGGUUGAUGGACGGUGACUCCCUCAGCUACAGGAGCAGCGGCAGCAUCCAGUCUCCGCUCGAAAGUGUCAGCCCGGAUGUUCUUGGAACUAGUGAUCCCUCCAUACGUCUCUCCACUGCCUCAACUUCGGAGGUAAAACGACAGCGAGGCCGGACGUCUCGUUCAUAUGUAUCUGAUCUCAUCACUAAUCGUAGUAUACACGACUCCUUUACUAACACAAAAAAUACCCGGACACCUUUUUACUCAUUAUUCGAUAAUGUAGACAUGGACUCCGACUCAGAUACUAACCUGAGUCCAGAAUCUAACCAGCCUGAAUCUCGCCUAAUUGAAACAGCCCCAGCAGGAUUGCAUGACAAAGUGGAAGAUUUAGCGUCCGGCUCGCGGACUGACGACUCUUUGUUUAUUCAGGUUCCCAGUUCUAGUAAAGCUUAAACAAGCUUUGUUGGCUACUUCAGCAACCAUCAUUGGGUCCAACUGAUGCAACUUUCUCAGUGGAAACAUCUGUGUCGUCUGCACCUAUGCUAGAAGCAGACGUGAC